GUUCUGGCUUUUCCGUGUAUUCGAGUGGAGUGGGACACGAGGCUACUUAAGUAACUCUACUCCAUAUUCGCCUCCCCGGUGUCAGAUUUCAGGGGGAGAGGAAUCCACGGCAGACAGAAUCUCCCUCCGCUCUCCUCCACGCGCGGCGCCCUCGUUUCAUGGCGACUCCUGAUGACCUCGGGUCCUCCCUCCUCGGUCGUCGUGCCGCCUCCCGGCGGCGGAUCUGGUGGUACGCCGCCAGUUUCGGAGCCCUCAUCGCCUUGGGUAUCUUCCUCGUCGUGGUGGUCGUCGGCCCCGGCGGCCACGACCGGGCGGAGAAGAUUGGGCGGGAACGGCGGGGGAUGACGGGGAGCCCGGAGGAAGUGGAAUCGGAGGUGGGGGUGGUGGCGGCGGACGACUGGCGGUGCUCGGAGGUCGGGGCGGCCGCACUGCGGGCCGGUGGCCACGCGGUCGACGCGGCCGUGGCGGCCGCGCUGUGCCUCGGGGUGGUGCACCCGGUGUCAAGCGGGAUCGGUGGCGGCGCAUUCAUGGUGGUCCGAUCGGCAGAUUCCGGUGAGGCCGUGGCCAUUGAUUCCCGCGAGACGGCCCCCAUCGCGGCGUCGAAGAACAUGUACGAGAAUGAUCCAUCAUCCAAGUCCAAGGGUGCACUCUCGAUGGGAAUCCCAGGAGAGCUUGCAGGCCUCCACACAGCUUGGUUGAAGUACGGAAGGCUUCCCUGGAAGGAUCUCUUGCGACCAUCCAUAACCCUCGCAAGAGAUGGAUUCCUCGUCGUGCCUUAUCUUGCAGAUGCCAUCAGGACAAAGGAGGAGGAUGUACUUGCAGACCCUGGGUUGCGGGCGGUGCUAGCACCCAAUGGGAGAUUGCUGCAGACAAAUGACACUUGCUACAAUCCUGCACUCGCCAAUGCAUUGGAGGUGAUAUCAACCGAGGGACCGCAGGCGUUCUACGAUGGGAGCAUCGGUGAAAGGUUCAUCGAGGAUGUGAGAAAUGCUGGUGGGGUUGCAACGAUGGAGGAUUUGAAGGAGUACAGGGUCAAGGUCACAAAAGCCAUGGUAGCCAACGCCAUGGGGUAUACUAUACUGGGUAUGCCCCCACCUUCCAGUGGCACGGUGGGGAUGUCUUUGGUUCUCAACAUUUUAGGGAGCUACAAUUCAUCAUCAGAUGGUGUGGAAGGCUUGCUCGGUCUCCACCGGCUUAUCGAAGCACUAAAGCACAUGUUUGGCGUGAGGAUGAAUCUCGGGGAUCCUGAUUUUGUUGACGUCGAGGAAUACGUCUCCGACAUGCUUUCGUCAAGUUUUGCUCAGACACUUCAACAGAAGAUCGACGACAGUACCACAUUUGACCCAUCCUACUAUCUGGCAAGAUGGAGCCAGUUGAGAGACCAUGGAACGAGCCAUUUGUGCGUGGUGGAUUCUGAUCGGAAUGCGGUGUCUCUGACGACCACAGUGAAUUGGUAUUUUGGGGCUCGGGUGAUGUCGCCAUCAACAGGCAUUGUGCUGAACAAUGAGAUGGAUGACUUCUCGACGCCGACGGAAGCUACUCCCGAUCGCCUUCCUCCGGCACCAGCAAAUUUUAUCGAGCCAAAAAAGAGACCAUUGUCUUCUAUGACACCUAUCAUUAUCCUAAAGGACGAUCAGCUUGCCGGAGUUGUUGGGGCCAGUGGUGGAGUUAAUAUAAUUCCGGCAGUUGUGCAGGUUUUCCUGAACCACUUCAUACUGAGGAUGGAGCCACUAAAAGCUGUUCAGCAUCCGAGGGUCUUCCACACGCUCAUUCCAAACGAGGUGCUCUACGAGAACUUCACAGCGAUCGACGGGGAGCACAUUGAGUUUGCAAACGAGGCGAAGCUGUUUCUGGAGCAGAGGGGUCACGUUCUCCGCAGUCUAUCAUUGGGUGCUGUCUCCCAGCUUGUCGUACACAACCUUCACGAGCGGGUGCCGAACAUGCAGCGGAAAACAGAUAGGAAAGCGAAGAACGGCGGCGGUGUCUUCCACGGGCGGCUAAUUGCGGUCAGCGAUCCUCGUAAAGACGGAAGUCCAGCGGCACUAUAGCAGACGGAAUUUUAAGUUGCAGCAAUCAAUCUCUCUCUCUCUCUCUCUCCCAUUACGUGUGCUGUGCCUCUGAAAAGAACGAUGAAAGAUAGCAUUACAUGUUAACCGCACGGUUAAAUAUAAUCACAUACCAGUAACAUAAUAGGAGUUCUACA